GGUCCUGUGACAAUCAAGCCAAAUGCACCCGGCAAUUGCACGCCCAUCCCCGUGAGGGCGGAAAGGAUCGCUUUCUCCUCAAAUGUCCUCGUUCUCCCAGGAGGAAGAGCUCGUUCCCUUCUUGUCUCCCGAGUCCAAUCCCCCAGUCUCGCACCGUCUCCCUCUCUUCGCUUCGAUGGACAACCAAGCCCGCCCCGACAUCUCCAUCGACUUUGGCGUCAGCAGCUCCUCGCAGCCCAAGUUUGCCGCACCCCCGCAGAUCAACCAGGCGUCCUUUGCAAAUGAGAUUCCCCUCCCGCCCGCUCACAAUCCCGCCUACGAGGGCAUGAUGAACUCGUUGGGUGGCUGCUUGGGUUUCCUCGGUGCCAUCCCCUGCUGCGUUUGCUUCCCCAACCCAUACAAGACCGUCCGCCAGGGCGAGGUUGGUCUCGUCACCCGCUUCGGCAAGUACUACAAGACCAUCGACCCGGGUCUGCACGGCAUCAACGUGUGCACCGAGCGCAUCGACCGAGUCAACAUCAAAAUCCAGAUCGAGCAGAUUCCGUCGCAGGUCAUCAUGACCAAGGACAACGUCAACAUCAGCAUCGACUCUGUUCUCUACUGGCACAUCGUCGACCCUUAUACCUCGGUCUUCCUGGUCAACAACGUUCGUGUUGCCCUCAUCGAGCGCACCCAGACCACCCUUCGCCACAUCCUGGGCACCCGCACCCUCCAGGAUGCCAUCGAGAACCGCGAGGCUCUCGCCCACCAGAUCGAGGGCAUCAUCCGCGAGCCUGCCGCCUCCUGGGGUGUCAAGAUUGAGUCGAUCUUGAUCAAGGAUCUGCAGUUCUCCAAGGAGCUCCAGGAGAACCUGUCGGCCGCCGCCAAGGCCAAGCGAAUCGGUGAAUCCAAGGUCAUUGCAGCCCAGGCCGAGGUCGAGUCCGCCAAGCUCAUGCGCGAGGCCUCCGACAUCCUCAACACCCCCGCGGCUAUGCAGAUCCGCUACCUCGAAACUCUGCAGGCCAUGUCCAAGACCGCUGGUACCAAGGUCAUCUUCAUGCCCGCCGAGCCCAGUGCCGGCCACAUUGGCGAAACUGGCCUGCAGGGCGCCACCCGCAACACCCUCCUCGAACUCGUCGCCGACAACUGAGUUGCCUGAACCGCCAGACGGACACCGUAUCAGUAGCACUCAUCUCCUGUCGUAGCAGCGCUCUUCUCUUCUUGUAUUCUCCUCUUGCCACGCUCAGCUUGUACCUCAGUAACAUUGUCCGUUUUCGAUGCUGCUUUCAAUUGUUUGAUUGUGUAUGGUUGUUACCGCAAAAUAACGUUUCUAGGUGCAUCAACAAAAAUAAAUUUGCUUUUCAUGUUGUA